AUGACUGUUGCGGCAGAAGGCUCCAGCUGCCAAUCUGUCUCCGUCAUGGGGGCCACAGGGGGGUCCAAAGUCAGUGUUAGGGGGGCACUGGACUCCAAGGCUCUGCGUGACGACCUGUACUUUGACGCUGGCUGCCUGCUCGCUCUCUCUCUGGUUCACGGCUCUCCAGUCAGUUUCUUCUCCCGCGCUCUGUUCCAGUGUCUGUUCAACUACCCGCCCAACCAACCACUGUCCGUCAAACACAUGACGCCCUACACACACGUCACCUGCCAGGUCAGCAGGAUCGCAGAAGCAGAGACUUUAGACGAUGUGAAAGACGUCUUGGAGGAGAGCUGGGAGUUCAUGGAGUUAGCCGGCUGUAACCGACCAAUCAGCAGGCUGCAGGAGAGAGAGGCUCUGGUGGAGGACCUGGUCAGCUUCAUGAUGAUCACCAGGUUGCAGCUUCCCCUGCAGAGGUUUCGGGAGGGUCUGCAGACUUUGGGUGUCUUUGAUCAGGUGCAGCUCUUCCCGGCGGUGUUCCUCAGUGUUUUCUGCGACACAGCGGUUCGACUCACGGCUCAAACGGUGGAUCAGAUCUUCACCGUGAACUUCUCUGAGCAGGAGGAGAGGCUGAGCCGAGAGAAGCCCGUCGUCGCCUUCUGGAGAAACUUCCUGCAGGACUGUGAAGGCCGGGGCCAGGCUGGGGCCAGGCCGGGGCCAGGCCGGGGCCAGGGCCAGGCCGGGGCCAGGCCGGGGCCAGGCCGGGGCCAGGCCGGGGCCAGGCUGGGGCCAGGCCGGGGCCAGGCUGGGGGGCCAGGCUGGAACCGGGCUGGGGCCAGGCUGGGGCCAGGCUGGGGCCAGGCUGGGGCCAGGCCGGGGCCAGGCUGA